AUUGUCUUUCAUAGACAGUAUCCACAGCGUCUGGGAACACGAGCUCCGGACUUCAAAAAUAUAUUGUUUAAAUACUGAAAAGCUCGUAGAAUAUGGCAGAUCGGCCAAACCACGAUAGAGGUAACAACAACAAUCAUGACCGUGACUAUCGAGGCAACUCUCAGGAAUAUCGAAACUUCCACAAUCGCAACCGAGACUUCCGUGAACGCAACAGGGAAGUGCCCACAGAUCCACCCUACAUUGCGUUUGUUGGCAACCUGCCCAAGGGCCUCGUCCAGGGGGAUGUGAUGAAGAUUUUCGAUGAUUUCGAGGUGAAGAGCGUUCGCCUCAUCAAGGACCGCGAGACAGACGAGUUCAAGGGCUAUGGCUACGUUGAGUUCACAACACUGGAUCAGCUGAAGCGUGCGCUCUCUCGCAAUGGACGCAUCAAACUGGACAAUCUAUCGGCGCCGCUGCGCAUCGACAUUGCCGAUCAUCGGCGCCAGGGCGGCAACAGUGGCGCCAACAGCGGUGGAGGUGGAGGCGGCGGUGCCUCCGGCAGUGGCGGCGGCGGCAAUCACAAUCGUCGCAACUUUCGACGCGACGGCAGCGCCGGCUCGCAGGGCUACCAGGGACAGUAUUCGCGCAAGCAGAACAGCCCUGGACGCCCGGUGGGCAAUCGAUCGUCCAACGGCAACUUUCACAUGAACAGGCAGGAGGGCAGCCCACGGCAGGGCGGCUAUCGCGGCGGCCGUGGAGGACAAGGCGGCAGUGUCGAACGAAGGGGCGGUGCCAGGGGCGGCGGUGGUCGAGGACAUCACAAUAACGAUGGCUACCAGACCAACGAUGGCAGCAACAGCAGCGACUUUGGCUCCUUGGGCGGCGGCAGCCACGACACCUCCAGCCUGGGCAGUCCCAGGCAGUGUGUGGAGUCGCACAUUUCGUCGACGAGCUUCCAGAGCAGUCGCAGUUUUCCGCACUACAGCAACAACAGCAACAACAACGGCAAUAGCAACAACAACUACAGCAGCAACAAUCGCUACAACGACCGCAACAACAACAACUACAGACGCGGCGGCACCCAGCGCCAGCGCAGCGUCAGCAACGACAACGGGCACUACACGAACUUCGGCCAGAACCGGACACGCGAUCGUCGUGGGCACUACAAUCCCAAUGAGCGGUACAAUCAGCCAUCGAAUGGCACCGCUAGCCCGCCGUUCGCCAGUCUGGACGACGAUGACCGUCCCAAGAUCGUGCUGCAGCCGCGCACCGUCACCGAGCCCAUCAAUGCCCUGGCCGAGACGAAGCAGGCCGCCAGCAUCUUUGGGAAUGCCAAGCCGCGUAUGACUCAACCCACUCCGCCGAUCCUGCCGCAUGCUCAGCCGGGGCAGAAGGACGAUUCGCAGCCAGGGGGCAGCAAGAAAGGCGCGGCGCCAUAAGGCCCCAAACCCACCC